AUGCCUGAAUACGAUGUGAUUGUGAUUGGCAGUGGCAUCGGAGGGAGAUCGGCAGCAAUUGAGGCGCAAAAGCAUCGACUCUCAGUGGCAGUGUUCGAUUACGUGAGGAGAACGCCUUGCGGCAACAGCUGGCUGGUGGGGGGAAACAGCAUCAAUGCCGGGGACAUCCCCACCAAACUGUUCUACAAGGCCAGCCAAUUCUACAGCGCGCGCAAGGAAGCCUCAAAGUUGGGUCUCACUCUACAAAUCAACGGACAAACAUUCAAAUGGGUGCCCUUCAUGAACAACGUGCAGCUUUUCUGCCACACUCUAGCCAUGAGUCAACAGGCUCUUCUCCACGAGAGCGGCAUCAACUUCCACAACGGCUAUGUCUCUUUCCUUGAUAGGAAUACUGUGCAGACUACUGGUUUUGGUAUCAUCAAAAACAAAUACAAAGCACAGAUAUUCAUCCUGGCCACUGGAACCCAACCAACUAUUCCGAAAGAAAUUUUCGGAUACGAGUAUGCCAUCACCUCUGACGAUAUAUUUUCACUGAAAAAAUGUCCAGCCAAGGUUUUGAUUGUGGGUUGUUCUAGUACCAGUGUUGAGUGCGCUGGUUUUCUCAGGUUGAUUGGAGUAUCGGUGACAAUUGUUGUCGAUUCUCAACCGUUGAAAAACGUCGACGACGACUGCGCCUGUCGGAUAAUUGAACACUUGGACUUGCUUGGAGUGAAGAUUCUGUGGAAAUACAAAGUUGAACGAAUUGAAGAGGUGACUGAUAGAAUCGACUUGCGACCGACAACUAGAAUUCUCGGCAGUCAGGUUGAUCACUUGCAGGCGAAUUUGAAGAACUAUUUCUCGACGAAACGCACGUUUGACGGCUCGCAGGCGUUCCGAGACACCAUGGGAAGCACAGCCAGCACUCAACCCAAGUUCAAAGAGUUUGUGUUCCGUCCCAGGAAAGUGUUCCUGCGCAAAGUGUCCAACAAAGAGGAGAGAGCCUCGUUCUCGGCAGAGUGGUCGCAACAUCCGAGGCUCAACAGAAUCAAACAGAAGAUGCUGCCGAUUAUUAUCGACACGUAUGAGGUGGUGAUGUUCGCCCAAGGUCGUGCGCCCAGGGUGUACGAUAUGGGGCUACGCGAGUUAAACGUGGUGUUAGAUUCGGAUGGCAAAGUGGUCGCCAACAACCACGAUGAAACCGGUUGCGAGUCGAUCUACGCUAUCGGGGACGUGGUAUCGGGGCGUCCAGGCCUAUCAAGUGUGGCAGCAAAAUGCGGGAAACUGUUGAUCGGAAGGUUAUUCAAUAACAACGAUGAAAUAGUGAACUACGAUUUCGUACCAAGGGUGAUCCUAUCUCCCAUCAAAUACAGCUACGCCGGUUUGACUGAGAAGGAAGCAAUCAAAAUCUACGGUUACUACCAAAUCGAGGUUUAUGAAAGAAGUUUUCGCCCGUUGAGCUGGAAAAUUCUGAAAACUAACAAGAGCGCUACAUGCUACGCGAAAAUGGUUUGUGUGGAGAGAAGCAUGGGCGAAGAUCGAGUGGUGGGUCUGCACUAUAUUGGUCCUCUUGCUGACGAAAUCAUCCAAGGAUUUGAACUUGUGUUGAAGUUGGGAGUAGACAGGAAAACUAUCAAUGACAUGAUCACUGUCUAUCCAAGCGAUGCUAUUAUAUUCAGCAGGCUUUCUCCAAGAAGUAAGUCUCCUUGA